AUGCAUUUCGAACUGCAUCGAUCGUUGGCCAUUUUCCUCGGCUUUUUUUUAAAUAAAAGUUUGGUAAAGUCAGAUCCGCAGCAGUUAGAUCCCUGUACAAAUUUCUAUAAAGCCGCCUGCGGCAACUGGUCGACAAUUCAUGCCGGCGAUCCGUAUCAAAACUAUCUGGAUCAGUUGGACUACAAUUAUCACGAGAAGCUUGCUGCGUUGCUGGAAAUUGAAAAAAAAGACGAGGAUGAACCUGGAUUUCAGCAGCUGCUCAGAGACUAUUACACCUCCUGUCGGCAACCCUUGACCAAGGAUAUGGCUCUGAGGACCCUCGAAAGGCUGAUAUAUAUACCCAUUCUCGGCUAUGAGGAGCUGAUUGUGGGCCUGAUUGCCGCCUUUCGUUAUCAGCCUCUGGUGGAAAUCAAGAGCUCUUCCGAUAUGUUCCUUUUUUGGAUGCUGCUAAUAACCCGCGAAGACGAAUGGAAUGCCAACGAGACGAAUAGGGAGCUUAUGAGUCGCCAGGAUUUCGAUCUUCUGUGGGAGGACAUGCCAAAAAUGAGACAUAUUCAGUUGAAUAAGGAAUCGAUUUGGACCGAAGUGAGUGGCCUGGAAAGGCAAAUGCAAAGUUAUUGGGAUACGAAUGAUAAGAACGAUGUCCAGGCUCCCCCAACGUUUUGGAUGCUGCCCUGGCCGCAAGAACCCUACUACGCUUCUGUCAUAUAUCUGGCUAAUUUGCUGGCCCACACUUCUCACCGCGUAUUGCUUAUCUACAUUUAUCUGAGAUUGAAGAUGAUCCAGGGACCGAGGACUACUGACUCCUCCUGGCUCAUAAUGCAACGCGUGGAGUGUGCCGAGCAGUGCAGACAGUUUCUCACCCAUCCGGCCGUCUGGUUGAUCGAAAGGAAUCACCCCAGACUGAAGGAGGAAUCUGUGCUGCAGGGAAUUUUCAAUGAACUCAAGCAGCGCUUUGGACAGAAACUUCGAGCGAAUAGAAAUAAUUUCUCACGGCAAACACAGCAGUUUUUACUCUCUAAGCUGGAACGAAUGACACUCCGUUUGAGUGUGCUGCCGCGAAAGUGUUCAAAUGAGACUUUAGAGCGACGCAUCAAUCGGCACUACCGAGAUGUUCGUCUAAAUUCCUCGGAUUAUUUUGGCAAUCUCUGGACGGGCUUGAAACACUCGAGUGUGCAGAAGAGGCGCGUGAAUAGAUUGUUAUUGGUAACCCAUCUUCCCUCGAAACACAGUUUGCUCCCCGUUAUAGCGCAUCAGUUUGGCACCUAUGCCUCGCCCUUCUAUAUAGUCAAUCACAAUAUGCUUAUCGUACCUUUGUCCCUCCUAGGACCUCCACUCUAUAUACCCGAUCAGAAGCAAAUACUCACGUAUAGUUCUCUUGGAUUCAUCCUGGGUCACGAGCUAACCCAUGGUUUCGAUCCGGAGGCGGUGAUCUUCAACUCGCGUGGAACGAUCAGCUCUACGAUGAGUAGGCAACUCAAGAGGAAUCCGAGAUUCCAGCAGGAGUUGAGCUGCCUGAAUCAAAAGUUCGGCGGCAACAAAAGAGACGAGAAGUUCGCCGACUUGAAUGGCCUGGAAUUGGCCUAUUCAGCGUAUUUUGACACCGCCCAAACAGAUGGGCAAAGGGAUCGCAAUGGCAGUGGAUCGAUCGCCCAAAGGCAGCAGUUCUUUCUCAACUUUGCCCAGUUCUUCUGCUCCUCAUCGGAUCUUGGGGAGGACAGCAGGGAGCAUGGCAGCGAUAGACAAAGGGUCAAUGACGCGGUUCUCAAUUUCGAGCCUUUCCUAGAGGCUUUCGGCUGUCCCUCGUCGCAUAAUCCAAAAAAACAAUGUCGCUUGUUUUAAUGUCAUUUCAUUAAAUUAAAUAAAUAAAUAUUACUACUUCACUGUU